CUCAGCUGAUCCGGGAUGACCGGUGUGAAAAGAUGACACAACUUGACCUCUCUUGUCUCGUGUUUGUUGUGGUGCUUUCUGCAUUAUCCUUUGGAUUGCUAUCUCAAAAAAUACCGUCCUACAAGGCUUUGCUUCAGUGUUCCAGACAGGCUGGACCAGUGGAUGCUCAACAUGUGAAGACAGAACUGGACUCCAACAACACUCUUCUUCUGUGCAGUGAACUGUGGGGGCCAUCACUUCAGAGCAGACUCCAAGCUCUGUAUCCAUCUGCAUAUAGGAUAAAGCGCGGGACGUAUUCGCUGAUCAACCCCACGUUCCAGCACUCGGCAGAGGAUGUGGACCUGCUUUUUGAGAUCCUGCUAGCUGGAAUGCAGAUCCGAGGUGGAGAACACCACAUGCUGAUCCCAGAUGAGGAGCUAGCCUCCCUGAGGCAUGUGGAGAAGCUGGAGGUCAUCUGUGAGGACGUCCUUCCCAAGACGCUCUCAGACAUCCGCCGCCUGACAGUGGAGCUCGACCGGCGCCGCCAACCUCUUAGCUGGCAGGACUUCGAGAGGACGGUACUGACACUGGUGUACGCCACCCAGACGCUGGCUGAAGUUAGCAGCCAGCAGGAGAAGGAGGCGUGGACGGACGCAGCGGUGCAGCUGUUCAGAGCAGUGCAAAGAGACCUCAAAUUCUCUUGAGGGAGGAUCACAAGAUGUAUUAUUUUAAGAGGUUUUUAUGGGUAUUUCACUGAUGUAGUAUAUCUGUGUUACACUGCAGUUCAUGUCUGAAGCUUUGUCCAAGAAGUUAUCUAUCCAUUAUACUUAUUGUUAUAGAAUACCAGAAAUGAACAAAAAAAUAACCCCAAGCCACCCACUAAUUAUUCAAAUACUUGUUAUUGAAAUAACUAGUGGGUGGACCUUAACAUAUGAUUUAUUUUGUAUUUCUGAUGUCGACAAAUAACUUUCAAACUCAAGUAGUUAAUGCACUUUAUGCUUUUGUACCAACAAAUCAUGAAAUAGCUGUCAAUAUAACUUUAGAACGUUCCAUCUCAAAGGUUUAAUCAGAGACAAGCCAUUCAAGAGAACGUCACAAUAUGUCUCCUAUAUGUAAAGUUAAUCUACUAGAUAACGUGAUUUAUUUCCUCUCUUUUUUGGGCAUUUUGCCUCUAUUAGACAUUUUUACACUAGAAUACAGGACACACUUGGGGGGAGGGGAUAACUAGAACUCACUGAUUUAUGUUCUUUUGAUUUUUUUUCAAAUUGUAUCACUCCUCCCAGCUCAUGCAUUUUCAGUUGUGAUUGUAACCAUAAUGCAUUAUGUUUGAUCCUACUUAUUUGUUCAUUAUGUUGGAACGAAAUAAAACCAGCAAAGCAUCUGUGCUCCAUGUAUUUGCGUGCACCAGAG